AUCCGCUCUCUUUUCCUACUCCAUACAUGCAUUCUCUCAUAUCGAUAUCGAUAUUCGCCUUUUGCUAUUAUUGAGAAUUUUUAACCAUAUAAAGCCCUUCGUGAAUACCCUGUUUUGAGCUCCUCGUGAGGAUAACGCUUUGUCUUCUUAUCUACUAGUGCCGUUUUGUCCGUGCCGUGUGCGUAAGCGAACUUCGCAUCUUUUCCCGCCAUUUCUCACGAGAGAAUUUUUCAACGGCGGUCAUCGUUUGACCAUGAGAUUCCAAUCCCCUCUUAUCGCAGUGGCUUCCGCCCUAUGGGUGCUCUGCCCAUCAGUCCUAGCCCAAGAACCCGCAGCUCCCGCGGAUGCAUCAGGUUCUUUAUCCCUCAACACCGACAAGCCGUUAUGGACAUUUGAGUACCAAACUUCAACCCCCAACCUCGCCAACUGGAUUGGUCUGUACUACAGCGCCGGCGGCGGGCCCGUGGACCAGAAGAAGGGCUCGUCCAAUUCUAUCAAGUGGAAGUGGGCGCCUCACGCCGAGGGCGAUGUGCAGCUUGACUUUGGAAGCCUUGAGCCUGGAAACUACACUGCUUUCUUCCUGGCGAAUGGGGGUUAUACGUGGCUCGCUCCGCCUCUUCAGAUCAUCAAGGGUCGUGAGCUUGAUGGUGAUGUGAAGUUUAUUGUUUCUGAUGUUUCUCUGCCUAAUGCCCGUGUUGGUGAUGGUUACUCGCAUAGCAUCAGAGGCCUCGUCCGUGGUGGAGGCGGCACGAUGAAAUUCUCCAGCGAAGGAUCUAAUGUUGACUGGAUCAAGAUCAGUGCUGAUGGUAUCAUCUCUGGAACACCGACCUCAAGCGCCGACAAGGCCGUCUUCACUGUCCGUGCCACUGGAAGGGAUUCCGCCGCUUCCGGUGUCUUCACCAUCAACGUUGCUGGCUCUGGCAAGGCUCUGCUAAGCCAGCUCAAGGUUCUCACUCUCAACAUGUGGAAUGGCGGUACUAGAGUUACCAGCUACCACGACAAGCAGGUCAAGUUCCUUGCCUCGUCCGGCGCCGAUGUUGUCGGUAUCCAGGAAGACCAACAGGGUCGCCAUGUUCCUCGUCUCGCUGAUGCUCUGGGCUGGUAUCACUGGUCCAGCGGCGGUGAUGUCGGUAUCCUUAGCAAGUACCCCAUCGUCGAGGACUACGGUGUCAUCAGCGGUCCUGCUCGUUCCGGUGGUGUCAAGAUCGCCCUUGAUGGCAAGAACCAGCAGAUCAACUUCUUCGUUGCUCAUCUGGGCUAUACUCCUUACGGACCUUACGACACAUGCUAUGAUCAUUUGCCUGUCGACAAGAUCAUUCAGCGAGAAGCCCAGUCCGGUCGCACUCCUCAAAUGAAGACUACCCUUGAGGGAAUGAAGAGCCAGCUCGACAACGCUGACGAGAUCCCCGUCUUCUUCGUCGGCGACUUCAACGCCCCCUCUCAUCUCGACUACGUCGAUGGUUUGAAGGAGAAGAACUGCGGAUACACCAAUAUCCAAUGGCCUACCUCCAUCCUCCCCAAGGAGAAGGGCCUCAUCGACUCAUUCCGCGUGGCUCAUCCUGACCCCGUCAAGGAGCAGGGUAUCACCUGGUCUCCCAUCUACAUCUGGAACGGCGGCUACCGAAAGCCCGAGCCCCUUGACAGAAUUGACUUUAUUCUUCACAAGGGUAAGGGCCUCAAGGUCACUGACUCUCACACUGUAGUUGUUGGUGAGCCUAAGCCUGAGCCUAACCAUAAGGAUAAUGAGUGGUUCUCUGAUCACGCGGCUGUCUUGACGACUUAUGAGCUUUAGGUCUGGAACCAAGCUACGAAAUCAACUUUGGUGUUACGCCCUAUUUAAAUGACUUGAUGAUAAAUAAGAAUGAAUAAAAAUUUCUUCAACAGAA